AAUAAUACACAAUAGAUAACACAUAUAGGAAAGCAACUGUUUUUAAUUGCCGUCGACAUACCUACCAAAGGUCACUACUUUCUCAAUAUUUUCAUUCGUGGAAAGCAGGAGAAUGGCUUCUUCCAUACCAACACACAUGAAAGCAUGGACGUACUCAGAAUAUGGCAAGAGUUCACAAGUUCUUAAGUUUGAAAGCAGUGUCCCUGUGCCUGACGUGAAGGAUGAUCAGGUUCUCAUCAAGGUUGCUGCUGUGUCCCUCAAUCCCAUUGAUUAUAAGCGAAUGGAGGCAGCUUUCGCACCCACUGACUCUCCUUUACCCACUAUUCCAGGGUACGAUGUUGCCGGUGUGGUGGUUAAAGUGGGGAAUGAGGUGACCAAAUUUAAGGUUGGGGAUGAAGUUUAUGGUGAUAUUAAUGAGAAGGCUUUGGAUCAUCCAAAAGUGAAUGGGUCUUUGGCAGAGUAUACUGCAGCAGAAGAAAAAUUGUUGGCUCACAAGCCGCAGAACCUGAGCUUUGGUGAGGCUGCUAGCCUUCCUUUAACCAUUGAAACUGCUUAUGAAGGCCUCGAACGAGCCGAGUUUUCCGCCGGAAAGUCUAUUCUUGUUCUGGGAGGUGCCGGUGGAGUUGGAACGCAUGUUAUUCAGCUUGCCAAGCAUUUCUAUGGUGCAUCUAAGGUAGCAGCAACUGCUAGCACUAAGAAACUGCAAGUUUUGAGAGACUUGGGAGCUGACUUGCCAAUCGAUUAUACAAAGGAUAAUUUCGAAGACCUUCCUGAAAAAUUCGACGUGGUGUAUGAUGCAGUAGGAGAAACAGAGAGGGCAUUCAAGGCUGUAAAAGAAGGAGGCAAAGUUGUGACAAUAGUACCCCCCGGAUUUUCUACAGCAAUAUUUUUCAUACUUAAAUCUGAUGGCACAAUCUUAGAGAAACUAAGACCUCAUUUGGAAAGCUGCAAAAUCAAGCCAAUAAUUGAUCCCAAGAGUCCCUUUCCGUUUUCCGAAACCGUUGAAGCGUUUUCCUAUCUUGAAACAAACAGAGCCACGGGCAAAGUAGUCAUCGAUCCGAUACCAUGAAGGCAUAUGAACACAAAGUAAAGCAUUUUAGUCACAAUGCUUGGAAUCUAUGCUUUGAGUGACUUAUUAUGUUUGUGUAAAAAUUUGAACAAGUUUCACAUCGAUGUGGUUGAAAUGGUCUCAUCAAAGAACCAUAAUAAUUUAUCAGUUUGCCAGUUUGCCUGUCGAUUUUAAACUGCACGCAUUUGCUGAAUGGUACAACAUUCAUCUGUGUGCUCAUGCGUGCAAUUUUCUUGUGUUAAUUUAAUAUGUUAAACGUGUUUGCUUUAUAAUAUUUGACUGAUAAAUUAUAACUGUUUAA